GCAAAGAGCAAGGUGGUGUUUAGAGAGAGAAGUUCAGAGGGCAAAUGUUAGCCUUAUCUUGCAGAGCCAGUUCCUACAGCACGAGACCAGUGAAGGAGGGAAGGGUUAGAUUUCACUAGAGCUGGUAUCAAGAAGUUUUUGUAAACAUGCUUAGUGCAAGGUCCACAUUUCCAGCCUCAGCUCAGUUAAUUUCUGGAAGAGACAUACCAAAGCUCACUCACUCUUCAGGUUCCCACUGAGCCUGCUGCAUCAGAAGGGACUUUCACCUCCCAGAAGUCCAUUUUUACAAAGACUGAUUGUGGAGGCAGCUUUCCAGGCACAGAUGCUAAGCAACUUCCUGAGUAACAUCAUUCAUGGAGAUGACAGGAGAGAUCCUGGUACACUGGAAACUCAAAAGACUAAAAUGCACUUGUUAAUGUAAUGUGAAUCCAGUGGUGAGAAGAGGAACGGAGAAGGUCAGACAGAGAUUCCUGUGCUUCCUUCAAGUCCUGUGUUUCCUUAAGGCUGGCUAAACUGUCCUCAUGAUUGUCCCACUGCAAGGUGCACAAAUGCUGCAGAUGCUGGAGAAAUCCUUGAGGAAGUAUCUUCCUGAAUCCUUAAAGGUUUAUGGGACUGUCUAUCACAUGAACCAUGGAAACCCAUUCAACCUAAAGGCCCUAGUUGACAAGUGGCCUGAUUUUAACACAGUGGUUGUCCGCCCUCAGGAGCAGGAUAUGGCAGAUGACCUUGAUUACUAUACCAAUACUUACCAAAUCUACUCUAAAGACCCCCAGAACUGUCAGGAAUUCCUGGACUCCCCAGAAGUAAUCAACUGGAAACAACAUUUGCAGAUUCAAAGUUCCCAGUCCAGCCUGAAUGAAGCAAUACAAAAUCUUGCAAACAUUCAGUCUUUCCAAGCCAAUCACUCAGAAAACAUCCUCUUUGCGGCAUCAGAGACAAUCAAGACACUGUUCCCUUCCCUGCUGGAUACAAAGAAUUUGUCACCGGGUAGUGGCAAGCCCAAGGCCAUCAAUCAAGACAUGUUUAAGCUUUCAUCCUUGGAUGUUACCCAUGCUCCCUUGGUGAAUAAAUUCUGGCUUUUUGGUGGCAAUGAGAGGAGCCAGAGAUUCAUCGAACGUUGUAUAAAGAAAUUCCCAAGUUCCUGUGUCUUGGGACCUGAGGGGACCCCUGCAUCCUGGACCCUAAUGGACCAAACUGGAGAGAUGAGAAUGGGAGGAACCAUGCCUGAGUACCGGGCCCAAGGUCUUGUCUCCUUUGUCGUCUAUUCACAAAGCCAGAUUAUGAAGAAACGUGGCUUUCCUAUUUAUUCUCACACAGACAAAAGCAAUACUGCUAUGCAAAAAAUGAGCUACUCACUGCAGCAUCUCACCAUGCCCUGUGCCUGGAACCAAUGGAAGUGUGUACCUGUGUGAAGAUGGCCUCAAACACAAGAUGGUGCUGGGUGGGUCUGGGGAUGUAAUUGGAUGAUGGACAAAGAGUAGACGGGACCAAAAAGAAAGAAUAAAUGGAAACCAGAAGCAAA